UCAUCUGUGCAGGCUGCAUCGUCGAUGCCAACACCAGCUCAGGAAGCAUCGUCCGUGCAGGUUGCAUCAUCAAUGCCAACAUCAGCUUCUAAAAAAUCGUGUGUGCAGGCUGCAUCGUUGAUGCCAACACCAGCUCAGGCAGCAUCGUCCGUGCAGGCUGCAUCGUCGAUGCCAACACCAGCUCAGGCAGCAUCGUCUGUGCAGGCUGCAUCGUCGAUGCCAACACCAGCUCCAACUGUAGUACCUGUUCAUGCCACUACCUCUGAGAAAUUCAGUUUUAUGCCUACUCCAACUUUAAGCCAUCAAACAAUGGCUGGCCCUCAAAGUAUAAACCUUCAAACAAUGGCUAGCCCUUCAAAUUUGGCAGAGGAGGAAGAUGUGGAUGCUGAUGAGGAUGAGGCGGUGGGUCAAGAAACUAUUACCCCUCUUGUGCCAACAAUAGAUGAGAAUGGGAAAGUUAUUAUAAAACCAUCUGGUACUGGGCUAGUUCCUGCCAAAGAAGUUGCUGGUGCCAUUAAUUAUGCGAUACGCAAACAAUUUUAUAAACCUAUACAUCAUUGGUCUGCACUCGAUCCUGAUACGAAAGCUGAUUGGUUUAAGUUGUUUGGAGAGAAGGUUUCGUGGGAUCCUUUCGAUCAUGCAUUUGUCUAUAGCGCAUUUGAAAAAAAAGGAAGAAAACGAUUAAACGACAUGUUGGGGAAGGCGAGGAGAAAAGGGACUCGACCUUCAUGGAUUGGUGAUGAUGCUUGGGUUGAACUUCAAACUUAUUGGAAAAAGACCGAGUUUUUGGCUGUGUCUUCUCAAAACAAGACCAAUCGAGCUUCCGCAAGAGGCGGAGCAGUCCACACCACAGGCCGUAAGGCUCAUAUUGAUGUUGCACUUCAACUUUCACGUGAACUUCAAAGGGAUCUGCGUCCCGAUGAGUUAUUUUUAAAAACACACAAGAGGAAAAAUGGUGAAUGGGUUGACAGUCGUGCUGCAUCUACUUAUGUAAGUUCUCGUAAAUUUUACUGCAUCAAUAUUUGCAUCCAUGCUUUCAGAAGCAGACUUAUUCAAAUUAAACUCUCCAAAAAGGAUCUAGUUAUCCAUUUUUAUAGUCUAAUGUAAGUUAGAUAUAAUAGCACAAGUCCUAUGUUUAACUAUCAGUUUGAAAUUCCUGCAAUCAGUUUGCUGUGCUGUUUGAUAUUUGUUUGAAAUUCCUGCAUCAAUAUUUGCUGUGCUGUUUGAUAUCAGUUUGAAAU